CCGCUUCAAAGUUGAAAUAGGAAAUUUUAGUUUAAGCACACCUUUGCCGGCAGAUGGGAUAAGUUUUUGAGUUGUCAAAACACGUGGAUGCGUACUUGACUCUAGUGCGAGAGUGUAGUGAGUGUUGUUUUUGUUACAUCUACUCCGUUUUUGAACUUGUGACUAAAUUUUCUUUUUGGAUUUCUGUUAACCGAUUAGUUAUGCUAAAAGUUUUGUACAACUUCUAAUAAUUGUACUACAACACAUGGUGAGAGAGGUCCUCCUCCUUGAAGAGAUGAGCGUGUCAUGCGCGCCGGUCUGUGCACGGUGAGCGCCCCAUUGGCCGCGUGCAGCCCGGCAGCAGCGCUCCCGCCAUCUGCUCGUUUUUUGGCGCUUCAUCUGCUGCACCAACAGACCCUUUACUUCAUAGUGCAGGCCAAAUCCAGAGUAAGAGAACUCUACCAGCAAACAUGCAGACAUUUUGCCUUGCAGGGUAUGCAAGAUACAGAUCUAUUUGGUCUAGCUUUGAUUUGUGACGGAGAAUACCUAUUUGCUGAACCAGAUAGCAAGCUUUCCAAAUAUGCUCCGAAGAGUUGGCGUUCCUCUCAUAGCCACGGUCUCGAUGCCAAUGGUCGACCAGCCUUGGCUUUCUAUUUUCGGGUCCAAUUCUACGUCGACAGCCCCUUGUUGCUUCGAGAUGAGACCACAAGACAUCAUUACUACCUUCAGUUGCGGCUCAACGCAUCAUCUGGAGCCGCAGGCGAUCACGCCACCCAUUUGGCAGGUCUCUCACUACAGGCUGAUUUGGGAGAUUACAGCGAAACAACGACAUUUCGACCCGAAGACUACGUAUCUCCGAAUAUGCGAGGUCCAGCGGCACUCAGAGUCAUUGAGGCUGCACACAGAACGCACAGAGGGCUCUCAAAGAAUGAGGCGAGGUCGAGAUUCAUAGCAGAAGCUUGUCAACUUCAAGAACCAGUCAAUGCUCAUGUAUUCAGGUUGAAGGCUUCCAAAUCGGAACCGGCUCCGGGCUCUUUAUUAUUAGCGGUGUGUCCUCGUGGAUUGAAAGUAUGCCCGGAAAACAAUCCUCCCUCUAUAUUUUUAUGGAGUAGUAUAGGAAAAUUGAGUUUCGAACGAAAGAAAUUUGAGAUACGUACUGGCCACGAAAAAUUAACAUUAUAUACUAGCAGCGACGAGAAAAGCCGAUUACUUUUAUCCUUAUGCAAAGCUGCUCAUCAGUUUAGUAUGGCUGUGGCACCACGUUUAAAUGAGGCAAAACGGGAGGAAGAAGAAAGACAAAGAUGGGAUUGCGAUCAACGUGUAUCGGUAAUCAGCUCAACUUCGUCCAAUACCACGUCAGGUAUUGUAAGCGAUCGAGUACAUUCCGAAGACGAACUCGAAAUUAUGAUUACUAGUCCACCAGCACCUUCUACAGAAAGUUUGGCUCUAGCGCACCUGCUGGACAGCGCGCCUGCUAGCAGUCGAACUUCUGCGGCGUCAGCUACUGCAGCAUUGGCAACUCUUACUCUCAAAGAAGAAGAAGAAGAAGUAAAACCGACAUUAAGCGAGAGUUCCACAAAAACCACAAGUGGAAAAUGUGCAGGAUCACAAUGCAGUUCAUCAUGCAGUACUGUUGUCGUAACGCCUGUUCAAACAAAAGCUAAAGGACGACGGUCUUCAACAACUAGCAGUUUAGAAUUGGGAUAUUCACAUACGGCUCAAAAUUCCUCUGUCAGUGAUGCAACAUGCAUAGAAUUGGAUACAACGGAAACAGUAUAUAAUUCUGGACCAGCACCUAGCAGUCACACUAGUGGAGUUUACACCUUAACGUCAAGUGAACAAUACACUGUUAGUUCCAGCGAUCAUUACACUGCUCCUAGUGAACAGUAUAGCGUAAAUAGUGAACAGUUUUCAACACCGGAGGAUCACGUUGAUGGACAUUUUAGGGACAGAACAAAUUCAAACGUGAGUAACUCUGGGUCAUUCCACGGAGACGGCAGCGAUCCCACCGAUACAAAACAAACACUUCUCUCUGCCGAGGAAUUAUCAGAUUUAAUAGUUGGUCGAUAUCCGUCGUGCAAAAGUGUUAGUCAUACUUUAGAUUCCGAUUCAGACUAUGUUACUUUACCUUCUUCUUAUCAAGGAUAUGCACCAAUUCCGCCUAAGAGAAUUGACAGCGCGGAACAGAGGUUUAGACCUCCGCCUCCGCCAUAUGGUGCGCAAAUACCUAAAUUAUCGGUAACGGAAUUUGAUGAUAGUAUACUUUUAUCAGAAAGAUUGUUGCGAAGUCCACCACCUUAUCCCGAAAAUUCUACACCGGUUCCACCACCAGUUUAUCCAUUCGAAGAAGCCGGUGCACGGUUCAUUACAACUAGAUCGCCAAGUGUACUCACAGCCCAUGCGAGUGCCGUAAGUGUAAGUUCAUCGCCUAGUUAUUCUUCACCGAGCUUAGUACCACCUAUUCCUCCGAAAAUUCCAAGGGCAAUACCGUCAACGAAAAAUACAAUUGUUUCACCAAAUAACUAUUUGGACGUAGCAGCAAGUAAAGCAAAUGUUUUGGUUCCAUGUACUUUCUUACCUCCACCUCCACCGCCUGCCCCGAGACAGCCACCGCCACCUCCUCCUACAGCACUUACUACUGUAUAUACCAGUCAAUUGUCCAGAUCCCAAAUAGAGCAGUAUCAACAACAAAUGUACAGCGAUGUUGACUUUGUCGUAUUUCCGUUAAAGGAACCAGCGAUUAGCAAACAAGAAUAUUUAGAAGCAAAACAAGGAUCUCUUCUAGCGGCAUUAGCUCAGCAGCCUAUCUUCUACAGAAGUACGCCAUAUCUAAACCGAUAUGCUUCUAGCCAGAAUCUUUCAGAUACGUAUGUUCAGUUACCUGUUUAUGGAGCACCCAGUAUAUCUUCAACAGGAAGUCUAGAUCAUCCACCUCCUCCUCCACUACCGCCAAAUAGACCUGGAAAAUUUAUGAGAACCAGAUCUGACGAUAAUAUUUUAAAUUCCUUAGAUAUUAAGCAGCCUCCAAAGUUCAGAAGAAUGCCCCCACCACCUCCUCCACCUCCUAUUCCGGAAAAGCCCUCUUCUUUGAUAGACGUAUCAAACGGUCCGCAGACUGAGUCUAAUAAAAGCGUAAGUGAAAAGCUUUUGAAUGGGAUUAAUCUCGAUAGGGCGUCGGCUUUGGAUAUCCGUACACUUAGAGAAAAAAGCAAGAAAAUGGACUUGCCAUUAAUAUCAGCGUUGUGCAAUGAUAGGUCGCUCUUAAAGCAAACUAAAGCUUUUGUAAUGCCUAAGCACCCUAGUGAAGUAAUUUCGCGACAAUCUUUAAGUUCAACAUCUCGGUCUAAAUAUCCGGUUUCGGGAAUAUCUGGUGGUAAAAUUAAACAACAAACAAGAAAAACGCCUGUCCAUCACAGGAAUCCUGGCGAUAAAUUACCGGAGAUUCCUCGAGCCACUCCUAAUAAUUACGUCUUAACCGACUUACGUGUAAAACACAAGACAAUGCAGUCUCAUUCCUAAGUGUGCGUUCUAAACUUUUUACAUUCCAGUGGUAAGGUAGAAAUCAUUUUGUUUUACUCAGGGUGCCAUCAUUGCAAUAUUUUUAGGGAAAGAACCAACGUUGUGGCUGCACUGGUGUGAAAGUUGAUUUUCCGACACAUCUUCGCCGAUUGAGGAUGAUUUGCAACAUAGAAAGUUUAUUUUUUUAUUAACAAAAAUUAGUAAGUUGUUAACUGCCUAGCGGUUAGCGCAUAUCAUAACCUCAAACGUUAUUCAUAAAUCGGAAAUUCGUGGAUGACAGAAAGUAGAAUAAUUAAAGUACGAAUCGAGUUAAUAGUGAUUACUUCACUUUAAAUCCACUUUAAAUUAUUAAGAACUGUAAUUAUUAUACAAGUCAGUUUUAUUAUUAUAUGAAUUUUUUCCUAAUAAAACGUUGAAGAAGAUUAUUUAUUGCACGAUACUAUUUCAUACUACGAUUUCCAAGUUUGUAAUAAUUAACCUUUUUGAAAGGUAAAAUAUGAAAUCCUUUAGUGUAAAUUGAAACUUGAAAGUAACUACUAAAUUACUAAACUUAAUGAACAAUUCUCAAACUCACUAGUUUUUGUUAUUUUUCUAAAAAAUUUACAUAGAGCUUACAUUAAAUAAAAGCUGAUAAUAAGUAUCUACUGAUUGAAUUUUUUAUUUGAAUUACUUUCAACUAAAUCAAUGUUGGAAAUCAAAUUUCAUAAUCUUAUUUAAUUUCACAAUAGCCACAAGGUUGGACACUUUUAGGUCCCUCUGUACAUAAAGGUUAAUAUACUGUAUUUUGCAUGAAAGUAUGUGAAGUUUUUAGCGAUACUGUAUACACUUGCUCAAAUUUUAUAAUAUUCUGAUUAAUGAUAUUUUUAAUAUUGUUCAAUAUUUUGUUUAUUUAUUUUACCGAUUCCAAAUUACGAGGAAUGCUUUCAAGUGUAUGGUGCUGCCAUCAUUUUAAAAAUAAUGUAAUAAAUAAAAAAUUUGAAAUUUAAA